CACCCCCUUUUUUUUGUUGAUCUGGAGCUCAAUGGCUGAGAUGCUCUCCAGAGGGGAGCUGUCAAAGCUCUCGUCUGCUCUAGCAAAAAAAAAACCCCAAGGUUCAAAUGCUGACGGAAGGGAUUGAGACGCGGUACGGGGAGAUCUGUGACGUUCCUCUGUGCAAACUGCCCGUCUAUCUCCUGCAUCCCGUGAGCCAGCAGUUUUCUUCCAGGGACUUGGGUUUUGGGCUGAUGUUGCUGGGUCCUUGAAAGGUUUUGCUUCCAAAGGUAGAACUCUACCAGUUUCUCUGCUUUUGAGAAACACAGAAGUAGAGGAGACAGAAAUUAAUUGGAUUAUGAUGUUAAUUUUUUUUGUGGUCUCUUCUGUAGUGAUGAGUAGCUUUGUCUGACCGGCACUUUGGUGCUGCCAGAGGUGAAUUUUCAAGAGGCCAAAAAUACUAAUUUCACGAUUCUCUCAAAGCUUGCAUCAUCUUCCUUUAUUUGGGCAAGGUCAUUUGCUCAUUUGAGGUGAAAGAGUCAUACUUACCCUGUCUUCCAGAGAGAGAAAUGGAUUAAAAAUGGUAAAAUUAUGAUACGUUUUGAGGCAGACCAACCAAACCCAGGGCAGUUCUGGUGGGGGGAGAGAGGGUUUGGAUGCUGGGCUGUUUUGCAGCAUGGUCCCUCUCCUUGCUUGGGCUUCCCAAGGUCUCCAAAGCAAAUGCUGUGUGCAGCUAUCGCUGGGGACCCAGUACCAUGCCAAAACCACCCUCGGGUGGGCACUUGGUGAUGGAAACAACUAUGGGAAUGAUGAGGGGAGGGAGAGCGUUGCAGGAGGAGAUGCCGAGGUUGGCCAUGACCUUCACAAACAUCUCCAGAAUGCCCUACCAAAAUGUCACUGUUUUUUUUUUUUUCUGCCGCAGGAAGGUCUAUAAGGGAGAGAGGCCGAGCAGCCCAACACCUUUGAAACAUACGGUCCUGGUUUCCACGGGUUGGUUCUGUGUUGCUGUAGCCAGUUUGAACUGUAUUAAGUGCCUCAUCCCUGGCUCAAGCAUGCUUCAAGCCCGUGUCUCCUGGCAAUUUCUUUUAUAAAUGGCUAGGGGGGAAAAUAAAAUGGCAUUAAUAAAAGCUCUUGGCUCCUUGCAUGCGAUGGGGCGGUGAGAGGAGUCUGUGUUAACCUCUGGUGCCGCCUGUGCAAGGGUGCAGGACCGGGCUUUGCCCUGGGCAUGGUGUGUGCCCAGCAACUGUUUCCCAGGAUGUCCCCCUGCUCGUUCCCAUGAUAGAGGAGCACACCCCGGGCACAUUUCUCCCUGCAGCACGCCGGCGAUGAAGGAGAUGCUAUUCUGACUGUAAGGAUGGGAAACGUGGGCUCAGGGUGGUGUAAUCCCUGCUGCAGAGCAGGGAAGUGUGACCCAAAAGACACUGAAUGAGUUGUUCAUCUUCUGUUAACCACGAGUCCCCGAUAAGACGACGACAUCCCCCCUUCCUGCCGUGGCCUGAGCUGCUCUUGUGCUUUCCAUCGCUCACUGUCCCCUUUCUUCCCACAGAUACUGGCGGUGGGAGUCCGGGGGGUUCCCAGUGACCUGGUGGGAGCUGGUGCUGCGGAUGCCACCGCUAGAGUCGUGGAUGAAGCAAACACGGCCUGUGUUGCCACCUGUGAUUGCUGUCGACUUCAUCGUGUAUUCGAAGGUCUAACCCGAAUGUGGGUUUCAGAAAAGUCGGGUGAUGACGACACCAUGGGGUGGUUUCGGUGGAGCUGAGAACGAUCCUGUCCCCUAUAUGUUACCAGCAGGAGGAGUUGAAAUGUCACUUGCCACUGGAAUGCCACCCGCAGACCGAAUGGCACGAGCAAUUAGCAUCACCACCACCAAACGAGGUGAGGUCUUAAUAGGGAGCAGUAAGCAAGCUGGGCUUUCAAAUUCGGCUAAAGAUGAACUUUGCUGUGGCUCAGAGCGGCUCUGCCCUGGAGAAAUGUGAACCCUUCGCAUGGGUUGCUGGCUUUCUAAGAGUCCCCUCACGUCCCAGGCUUUGGAAUUGGGGCAGUAGGUUGCAUUUUAUGGUGCCAAGCAGAAACGAAAUCAAGGUGUUGGCUCCUUCUGGAAGACCUAAGCAGCUCCGGGCUCUCAGGUGUGCACGCUGGGGUUUGGAGGCUCAGUGACUGCGUUGGUGGAGAUAACCCCGGACCUGCUUGCUGGAACAAACAACUCGCUGGCUGAUCCAGCUGUGGGUGAGUCCAUCAGCUCCCUGCACAGCAGCCUUUGCCCCGCAGAGAAGGCAGCACAUGUGGCGGUUCCCAAGCCUGUCGGGCUGCGCCACGUUUGCUUACGCAUGGCUUUAUAAAGAGGAGGAGGUGCAGGAGCUUUCCCUGCUCCUUCCCACGGUUUGGUUCGGUCGCUCUCCUCUGCUUAGCCUUGGCCAUGGCUGGCCUGAAUGUCUCCCUUACUUUUUUUUUCCUGGUUGUUGGGGUGUGCCAGGCGCUCAGGCGGCUUUCCAAGAGGCUUCUGUCUCCUGGAGCAUACGGCUGCCUUGCCAGAGAACUUGCUGGCUCGUUACAGCUGUGCAUGAGCUGCCUUGAGCUGAGGAUGCUGACGGAGAUCGGCCCGUGGGGUGGUGGCUUUGGCCCAGAUGUCAUCCUGACUCUGCUCUUCCUUCUCUUCACGGUUCACGGUGCCACUCUCGACGGAGCAUCCGCCAACCCGACUGUCUCUAUCCAGGAGUUCCUGCUCCUUGGGUCCAACCUCGCAGCAACAGCCGCCAAGCUGCUGGCCCAGGGUGCGGGCAUGGGGACGGGCUGGGCUCUCACCAAGCUCUACUGGGCGUGGGAACUGACGCCUUUCCACCUCAUCCAGAACCUGAUAGCGUCGGAGUGCAGCUCCUCCAUCCACACGUCUCUGCACCAUGCUGCCUUUGUGGAAGGCACCUGCUCUUUCAUUUUUCACCUUGUCCUUCUCAAGCUGUGCCGGAGUUACCCGAUGUACCGGGUCCCUGCUCUGGCAGCAACCGUCACCUUCCUGACCUACACAGCUGGACCGUUCACAGGGGCCUUCUUCAACCCUGCCCUGGCCACAGCCUCUACUUUCCACUGCUCGGGGAGCACCUUUUGGGACUACGUCCAGGUUUAUUGGCUGGGGCCCCUUGCAGGGAUGCUUGCUGCCCUCUUGCUGUACCAAGGCAAUAUCCCACGACUCUUCCAGAAAAACCUCCUUUACAGCCAGAAGAGCAAAUACAAGAUACCCAAGGCAAGGGUGGCAGCGCGCGUGGAGGGUGACGAAAUGCAGUGGAAGAGGAAAGAGGAGAAGAGCAAUUCUGAGCCUCGGGCCUGAGCCUUGGACGGGGGCCGAGGAGGUCCCUGCAGCCCCUCUCCUGGGAGCAGGUUUCCCAGCGUGGAGGAUUUUGUUGCUCAUCCCACCCAGCACUCGUCCUGCCCGCUCGGUCCCUACCGCAGGGUGAGAUUUUUUUAAAGCACUGCAAAGGAAUCCACCGAGCUGGCCUCGCAGGAUGGCUGAAUCCCUGAGCUCCUUUAGGAAUAGCUUUGAAAGUCUCCCUGAAGAGCCUGAAAUGUUUCAAGCCUGCAUCGCUGGCUCAGUGGGGGGGAAAAAAAACCAACACUUUUGCAUAGAUCACUGGUUGUCUUAUAUUGCCAGGAAGCUUACAGAAAGUCAGGACCAUUAUGUGGGUAGGCUUGAGCAACUCCCAGGUUCUUGCGUUGUGCAACACUUGAAAUAAUCUGCCCGGGUUUCUUGCAGCCAUAAAAACAAAGCAUAAACCAGUAACUGCCUUGGAAAUUUGGGGUGAGGAGGAAGAAGGCUUCGAUCUUUCGAGUUACUAAAUGGAUAUUGGACAAAAAUUGGUGUUUUUUGAGUUAAACUGAGGUCCUUGGAUGGCACAGGCUGAACCCAGCAAUUCUUAGAGAGGAAUUAAAAAUGCUCCAGGGCAAGGGAGUUCAUUGGCCACAGAAGGCCCUACUCCUCUGCGGACGUGGUGCCUAGCCCGAGUUUCAUGUGCUGUGGGGCAGCAAGAAACACUGCACAAAGUAUCUGUGGUUAAAAAAACGAGACCCAGGCAGCCAGCAUGCAGCUGGUGUGGAUGAGCAAGCGCAUCUUAGGGCUCCUCUCCCUGUCUACAUGAAAUAUUCCUGACAAUAAAAUCAGGGUUUGUGGAAAUAAUAAUAAAAAUAAAUGUUGUGGUUGGCA